AUGGACGCUGUAACAAUCGCCUCGUAUGUGACAAAUGUCAACAACCAUAGCCUACAGAACACCAAAUACCACUCCGCCCUCGAGGAUCUCCAUCGCGCGGAAGAGGAGAAAUGGACCGCUCAGAUCAAUUCGGAGAGGGCGCACUCGAUUUCCAUGGCACACAAUGCCCAGCUGGCAGAUUUGAGAGCUGAGCGAGACGCAGCUGAAGUGGCUCUCAAACAAAUUAUCGUCUGCCUGCAGGCAUGCGAGGAACGUCUGGAGAGGGCCCAGCGUCGAGUGAAAAAGGCCUGGCUAGACAAGGCUGAAAUCGAUGAGAAAGCCAACAAAACUCAUCGUUACCUUUCGCGUUCAACGGUCCGUCUAUCUAAUGCCGCGUCGAUAUUUAAACGCGAGGCGGAACAGCAUCGUGUGCUACCAGUCGGAGAUUGGGACGCGUGCGUGUGUGAGGACUACCGGACGCCGCCGCCAGAAUUCGCAUCCACUUCGAGCCAGACUGAGCAGGUGGAGGCCAUGUCAGUGUCGUGCUCACUAUCCGAGAUGCCCCAUCUCGUCGUUGAAGGGACUACUGGAACUCCUUCGCUGGUCAGUGAGCCGUCAUCUCAGCCAUUGACUCGACUGUCAGUCAUUGCCGUCAGGCCUUUGCGGUCCAGCAGGACGAGAAGCAUCGCAGCUAGGCACCAGCCCUACUUCCGAUCGGCGGUCAACAUCCUGAAGUGGCAGAUGCAACAGCCGGAAGGGAAUGGGGCCGAAACAGAAUUGGAGAAACUUGAAGCAGCGAGCGUGAGGGAGCGCUUGGUCAAGAGCCCAGAGGUUGAGUGCUUAGGGGAGGCGGUGCCGCAAGAUUGCGAGGAGGAGUGUGCGAAGGCUUAG